UGAAUUUUGGAUCAGAGCUUCAGUCAAAGGACUUAACAGCCUGUUGUUAGAUUGUCAUUCGCAGGAGGUGGAACUGGGGGGUAAAUGGCGAAAACGUACGACUAUCUUUUUAAACUUUUGCUCAUAGGCGACAGCGGAGUCGGGAAGACAUGUCUGCUGUUCAGGUUCAGCGAAGACGCCUUUAAUACUACCUUCAUAUCAACGAUCGGAAUUGACUUCAAGAUCCGAACGAUAGAGCUCAAUGGAAAGAAAAUCAAGCUGCAGAUAUGGGACACGGCAGGGCAGGAGAGAUUUAGGACCAUCACCACCGCAUACUACAGAGGAGCCAUGGGCAUAAUGCUGGUAUAUGAUAUCACAAGUGAGAAAUCCUUUGAAAACAUCAAGAACUGGAUUCGAAAUAUUGAAGAGCAUGCGUCAUCAGACGUGGAGAGGAUGAUCCUUGGAAACAAGUGUGACAUGAAUGACAAGAGACAGGUGUCCAAAGAGAGGGGAGAAAAGUUGGCGAUAGACUAUGGGAUCAAGUUCUUGGAAACUAGUGCCAAAUCCAGUUUAAAUGUUGAAGAGGCCUUUUUCACAUUGGCCAGAGAUAUCAUGGCUCGACUCAACAGAAAAAUGAAUGACGGCAGUCAGACAGAGAGCGGCGGACCAGUGAAGAUCACGGAGAACAAGUCCAAGAAGAGCAGCUUCUUCAGGUGUAGUCUGCUGUGAGGGGGGCAGGGCCACACACGGACUCAGUGACUGGCAAAGCCUGUGCUACUCAAGCAUGCAGGUGGGCGGACGUCUCUCUCUCUCUUUUGCACACACACACACACACACACACCCACACACGCACACACACACACGCACGCACAUACAUACACACACACACACACACGCACACACUCAUACACACACAAACACACAGACACUCCUAAACGACCACAGACACUCCUAAGGGACCUAAACGAGAGACAGGUGUGUUCUCUGCCUGCUCAGUGUCAGUCGACAGUCAAGACUGGCUCACGUUUCUGUAACCACCCAACCACCUGACCGACCGACGGACCCCACCCUCCACCCCACCGCCGUAAGCAUGGGUGGGACAUUCCGGAAGGACUCUGUGAGUUUGCUCUUUACUCCUGACCCUCGGAUUGACACGUGAACUGGAGUAUAGCUGGCUGGCCAGAACACCACAAACUCUGGGACAGUACAGGCCCUCGUCUGACACAGAUCCACUUUUUCACACACACACACACACACACACACACACACACACACACACACACACACACACACACACACACACACACACACACACACACACGCAUACACACAUACACACACAGAUAAAUGCAAGAACCACUUAUUCACAUACAUGUGCAGACAGUAUAUACACACACACACACACGUGCAGACAGUAAACACUCACACACACACACACACACACACACAGAUCCGUGGCAGUACAGGGCCGGGACUGACCCAGAGUCUCCCUGGCCUCCUCUCCUUCUCUCGUCAGGACGGCAGAAGUUCUUUCUGUUUCGGUGUUUAAUGUUUGCCGGUUUAGUUUCUGAACUGUUUCUUUGUGUCGGUUUGUGUUCCGAAGUGUGUGACGGUGUGUUUGUGUGUCUUUUUAAGAGUGUGUUUGUGAGCUCUGUUAUGAGUCUGAGAGUACCUCUUAUCGUGGUGAUGUGUAGUCACAUUCUGUUAUUGGACACACACACACACGCACACAUACACACACACACACACACACACACACACACACACACAUAAAAAAAGAAGAAAACAAAUUUGAACACCACAUCUGUGAUGUAUGCUUUCUGGAUUGUCUCAAGGUCAGGAAUAUUUCAACUGUUUGUGUCUUAUGAUGCAUUUCAAGUGUCCUAUUUUAUUGUGCUUAACUCGUAGCCACUGUAUCUCUCCUUACGAGCACAUAACCAUGUAUAGCACUGUAACCGAACUUGCACUCCUCCCUUUGAGAAGGCUCAAAUAUAGAAUGCCACGGCUGCAGUGUAUGAUGGGUAAAAAAAGUACAGUCACCUUGUCGUGCAUGUGCUUCGGACGCUGCAGCUGGGGACCGAUCCAUAUUUGAACGAGUCGUCUUUUAUUUUUUUUCUUUAUUUUGUUUUUAUUAUAUAUAUUUUUGUAUACAUGUGUAAUAUUUGUUGUGCUUUAAUAUACUGUCAGUCUGGAUGCUCUGAGGAAGCGGUGUCAAAAGAUGAAGAUGAAUAGAUAAAAGAUGCAUGAUACCACUGCGUAAAUGUAGUGUUGUUGGAAGGGAUUGGGAAGCCACUAAAAUGUGCAUGAUUAUUAACAAAGGUAUACCCUAAUGUGCAGGUACCCAGUAACAUGGUUAUUUUCAUAUCACUCAUUAGUUUGAGUGAUGUCAAAAUGAUUGUGUUAUUUUUUUUUCCUGUUGUCCCAAAGCAGUUUGUGCUUAUUCAGUUAUUGGUAUUUAAUGAAGGUAUAACACAAGUUAUCGUUUAGCGUUUACAAAAUCCCAGCAGCAGUAUUAUUUCUCACGCUGCACUUUAUUAGUGUGUGUGUUUGCGCUGUGUCUUCGCAGAGUUUCACAGGUGUGUGUGGCAGGGGAACUCUGUUUAUGUGUUUGUGUGUGCGUACAAUGUGUCUUUUUUUUAAGACAAAAAAACAGCUAUUCUUGUUUCGCUACUGUGUACAACAUUUUAUUCCAAGACUGUGAGAUGUCGUUUUUAACUGGCUGCUGUUUUUUAGCCAGUAGUUAUUGAUGCGUAGAUAUUCAGCAAAAGGGUUUGUCUCUCUAUGAUGUGUCUGUAGUUGACGUCAUGAGAUGCAGUGCCUGUACAGAUUUCAGUUUGUGUCGUGUUAAAAGUAGGAUGGGCCAAGUCUUGCUAUGGCUGCCAGUAGCAUCGAUUCAGCAAUAACUGGUCCUCUGUAUGGAUAGUGGCAGUACCGUGGGUUAGAGAAUGGAACAGUUGUAUCUAUAGAUACACAACUUCCUUUACUGUCUUAUUGUUGCCUACCAAUAGUUUUGUCUGUGAUGGAAUCUGCUUUUACGAAUGUGAUCAUCAUACUCUUUUGUUGCCAUUUGAAACUGACGGUUGCACAGAUGAAAAACAUUUGUUUAGAUGGGACCAUUGCUAUGCAUGUGUCUUGAUAUCAAGAAGUCACUUUGUUACAGUGGGAGCAGACAGGCAUGUCUGUGUAAUGUUCUACUCUUGUAGCCUUGCAACCAAGUGGAAUACUCAUACUCGUUAUGUAGAUAACAUAAUGUACAUACUUCUGAAUACUGUGUGAACUAAAGUGUAAAAACAGAGUGAUUUUACCAGUUGUGAACUGUUUUUUCUACCACAUGUAACCAAAGUAAAGAUUGUAUAAA